UGUCGAGGAAGAGGGCGCUGCCGUUGGAUUUUCGGGGAUUCUGGGGGCCUAGCGUCGUCGUCAGCGAGGGCACCUCUCGGAUCAGUCAAUGGCAAGCGUCAUUAUCCAACCAUCUCGGUCCCGCAGAGUCAACAGCGCUAGCAUAUCAGGAUCCAUUGCCAGGUGGGAUGGGGAAGUCCGUGAGGUUUGCGGAUGAUCAGAACAAAAUGGUGAAGUACAACGUCCUUGAUGAGAACGACUUCGACCUCGACCGCGACGACGAUCUAGAGAGUAUCAGAAGCGUGGAGUUGGGCCUCAAGGACGAGCAGGACAGCUCGCCUACGUUUCCGGACGAAUGGAAUCUGGACCGUGUUGCUUGGGAACAGCGGCUUCGCAGGGUCCGGAGGAUAGCAUGGAUCGAGGCCGGUCUUCUCGCUUUGCUGGUCGGUUAUGUCGUCGUGCUACACUUUCAGCGAUACAUGCCGCCGGCCGGAGAUGUGCCACUGGGAGUAGACCCUAGCGGAUUUGUGCCUCCGGACAUCGGCCAGCCGGUCAAGUGGAUGAAGUACGAUGACGAGACGGAUCCUCACUAUUUCAAGCCAGAUGCUUUUGAAAAUCUCGACAAUGUGCGAGCAGCGGCGAAGGACUUCAAGAUGUUACACAAUGCCUCCAACGUACAUAUCAACGGAAAAUACACAACGUACAUGGAUUUCAACAAUGAGCGACAGCCUCUCCCUGCCUACGUAACCCGGAAGGGCUCCGAGCUCUAUAGCAUCAGGGCAUUCCACCAGAUGCACUGCAUAUCAAUCAUAUUCGAGGAUAUUGGCUACAGAGUGAACAACAAGACGUCGAAAUGGGAAACGGGUCAUGUGAUUCACUGUCUGAACACAGUGAGAUCCGCGAUUACAUGCCUUGCAGACGCGACCCCAAUCUCCUAUAUCAAUGGUAUGGGAGUCGGACAUACUACGGACGAUCAGCAGAGCCACUGUCGAGACUUCUUCGCGUUGAGAGAAUGGGCCCAUGAUCCGGUCAGAAGGGCUCGAUGGGUGAAUGUCGCGCCCGAAGACGAAAAGGAUGUAUAUGAAGAGAUACUGUAAAAACCCCAAAUUCUGGGUCAAGUUGCGAGGUAUUUGAAAACUUUCGAAGAACAUUUCAUGGCAUAUGAGUGUUUAGCUGGUGGGAACAUUUCAUUCAUUGUAUUUCGCGACUACACUCUCGCGCUAGAACGUUCAGGAAGCUCCAUCACGGUACAUGAAUAUUUCUUUCCUGGAGCGAAGAUUUAGAGUAGAACA